AUGAUUCAACUGAAUCGAUAUCGUAUCUGUGUGUUUUAUAUAAUCACAACAAUGCUGAUUAGUUGUUUCGUUUAUACCCUGAUAUCGAAUAAUAUUCAAAAUGCCCAGGAGCUAAAACGCCUGCGGGAGGAGAUCGAUGAGAUUGCACAUUUAGUUCUACAUAAUUCCAUUAAUGGCCGGGAAUCACCGUAUCACCUAUCCGAUACGAUCGAUGCAAUGAUUAAGAAACGCCUCAGCGGAAUAUGGGAUGAUUUAUUUCAUUUAAAGAAAAUGCUUAAAAUGGAUCAAGAAUCCAAGGAAAUAAAGGAUUCGGAAGAAAGCCACGAACCAGCUGUGACAAAAGUUGUAGAACGGGUGAAUUAUGCCGCGGAUGAGUUGGGCGCCAAAAUCUUAUUUCUCAUGGCUGAACCAAUUUGUGGCACGAAUUUUCUUCAAUCCUGGUUGGGUAUGGAAUUCACUUGCAAUCCUCCCGUACACAUGUUGCGAACUUCUAUGAAGCCGGGUAACUGUUUUGGGUUUCGCGGUCAACAGGCUGAGGUGACAAUACAAUUGUCACAUGAGAUUAUUUUAGAUCAAAUAUUGGUGGAACAUAUACCGAAAUAUCAAUCGCCAACGGAGAAUACCACAUCGGCUCCAAAGGAUUUUGAAAUAAUUGGUAUCUAUGAGGACUUCCAUGAAUUUUCUUUGGGGAAAUAUCGUUUUCUCAAUAACCCCGAGAGACCUCGGCAAUAUUUCACCGUAAUUACCAAUGAUCGUGUGGGAUUUUUGAGAUUUAAAUUUCUCUCGAAUCAUGGUCAUCCAAACUAUACGUGUGUUUAUAGAAUUGCUGUCUAUGGCAGAUUAUAA